UUUCAGCAGACUGUCACUCGGAAAGGCGGAAGUUCGAAAGGGGAACAGUGUCAAAUCCCGCUUGACUUAAAUUCACUUACAGCUGAAGUUGCGCUUUUCAAAAAAAGAAUUCUUUCGGAAUCUUUUGUUUUUGCAUUUUUUUACACUUUUGGAUUCAUGUCGCUCUUAUGUUAGGCAACAGAUCAUGACGUGAGAUUUUAAAGAAAAGCUAAACAAUUUCAAUGUUUGAAAAUACAUUACGUUUUACUCUGACGCGUUUUAGUGAAAAAGCUGGAAAAUACAUUACUUGAUUUCAAAAAUACCAAAUAUUUUCAACACAUAAGUGAUGUUUUCAAUGACAAAUUUCUAAGUGCUUCAAAGGAAAAAAACUUAAAUGUGGAGAAUUGUGUGAUUAAUAUGUUUGACAGAAAUUUUGACAGUGAUAUUUUUCAAUAGAUUAAAGAAUUGCAGUAAUUACACGGAAUUAAAAAGUUUUCUAUCAUUUACAAGAUUCGGAGUAUUUAACAUUGGUGUAUUUGAACAUAAAAUUAUUUUUAAUUUGAAAAGAUGCGGAAAAUUCUUUAUGAAGUAAUGCUCUAUAUCAUCAUAUACAUUGAUACUGAAUACGAAACUGAGAUUAGAUCCAAAUAAAUCCCCAGAAAUCUUCAAGGCCAACAACAGAUUUGAAAAUCCGAAUUAUGAAUAUAGCAGUUCUGUUAAGAAGUUCCCGUUUUGAAUACAUUAAAAGCUCAAACUUGAAGAAAUCAUGUUUUCUUUUCCUUACGUUUCAGAUUCGCCUGUAUUUGUGCUCGGAGUUGCUGUUUCCUGAGAACGAGACGGAUAUGUUUUACCUGAUGGCUUGUCGUACCGAAAGAGGUUUGUACCUCAACCUUGAAGACUACCGUAGAGACACCUGUGCUAGAUGUUAUUUCUACCUUCCUCCUUUUGCCUUUCGAGACGAUAAUAGUCGACUCGUUUACGAUGCAUCCACAGGUUAUCUCAUCGAUCCAUGGGCCAAUAAAACUUAUGAUGCAGAUCCGGAGAACAUCAGCCAUCCUGCUUACGCAACGUUUCAGUCGGAUCUGUUCGCUCGCAAAUGGAUUGCAUGCUGCCGAGCAGCGUUGGAUUGCUGUAGUCAAAUGAUUUCCGAUCCACAGCCUAAUGACACAGAAUUCCUUUUAUGUCCUCGUACUUGGGAUGGCUGGCAGUGUUGGCCAGAUACUCCAGCUGGACAAGUAGCUGAAGAAUUAUGCGAAGAACACAUUUAUUUCAUGAGUGAACCUCCCCCAUGUCCAAGAUUUGCUUCGAAGCAAUGCCUGUCGAAUGGUUCUUGGUUUAUUAAUGAUUGGGACAGUGAGUGGAGUAACUACAGCGGAUGUGGUAGGAUCCAGGGUAUUAGAAGACUUCAGUAUUUCCACAUCGUAACGUAUGCAGUGUCGAUAUUAUUCUUACUUCCAGCACUAAUAAUCUUCAUCAUUUAUAAGCAAUUGCAAGUGUAUCGGAUUACCAUGCACAAGAACCUAUUCACGGCAUUGUUGUUCAAUGAUUUCAUGUGCAUCGUUUUCAAAUGCUACGUAAUUUUAGAUGAGUUAGAACAUGCUGGAGACAGACGGACCAUCUUGGAAGACAAUGGGGUUGUUUGUAAAGUUCUUUACAUAGCAACCAAGUACACUCGCAUGACGACAUAUAUGUGGAUGUUCUGUGAAGGGUUUUAUUUGCACAAGCUUAUAGCAGCUUCGUUUGCUGAGCAAAAGUCAAUUCAAAUGUUUUAUUUCAUAGGAUGGGUUUUUCCAGUUUUCCCAGUUGGAACUUUUGCUCUCCUUAGAUGGUACUUUGCAGACGAGGAAUGCUGGGCAGUGCCUGUGAAUCCAUACGAAUGGGUCACGAACAGUCCAAAUCUCUUGAGCCUUGUACUCAAUUUCGCAUUCCUGUGCAAUAUCAUCCGCGUCUUGGUGACGAAACUACGAGCGACGCAUACGAAUGAGCCGAGUCAGUUCAGAAAAGCUGUACGAGCAACUUUAGUUUUAGUGCCAUUAUUUGGACUGCACUUCUUCCUGGUUAUCUAUAGACCACAGUAUGGAGAAUGUACGGCGCUUGAAGUCUACACAUUCCUAAGUUAUUCUAUGGAUGGACUUCAGGGUUUUCUGGUUUCUCUAAUAUUUUGUUACCUUAAUGGGGAAAUUCAAGGCUUAGUGAAACGCUCCAUUCAGAGGAUUCGACUUCAAAGAAGUGUCACAUCUUCGUCUGACUGGCGACGCUCCACUCGCUCUGAACAUCUCAGCAAGAUGAGAGUGAAUGGAUCAAGGAAACGUGGAGCUGUAACUGACUUGAUGAGGAGAUCUGUGUAUCGAAUGAGACUUCAGUACAAUUUGAACUCUAAACCGUCCCCUCCCAUCCCUAUGUCAAACGUAUCUGAAAUGCCUCAUUCCAAAAUGAAGAAAGAUUCCAUAUCAAUAGAAGAAAUAUAUGAUGUUUAUUAAAGUACCCACAGAUCACAAUUAAACUAUUUUACGAUAAGUAUUUAUCUCAUAAAAGAACUAGGCCAAGGUUCGAAAAUGAAACAAAUGUUUUCAUGAACAGGUUGUUGAAUCAAUGGAGCCAUCCAAUUGUGACUUUUUAAGAUCUAUAAAUUUUGAAUAUGGAAAUAUAUUUUGGAAUCGGAGUAUAUUGGUGUAUCAAUGUAUUUUUUUCAAUGCGAUAUUUUCAUUGCGUAUCAUUAUUAUUUAUGGGGUCAUAGUUAUUGUAAAACCUGGCUGUGAGCCAUGUUUAUCAUCAAUAUUUACAUUGUUGCAAAAAACGUAAACAUUGGUUGCAGACGAGACAGUUUUAAAAUAUUUCAAAUUUUAUUUCUUUUGUGAAGCUUUUCAAAUGAUUCUAUUAAAUAAAAAAUAGCUUCAGUGAGACAAAAAAUUGAAACGUUAGUUUUAAUGCUUAAUUGUAUUCUAUCAAACUGAAUUCCAGCAACUAAUGGCAAAUAGAUGACUUAACUAUUAACAACUGAGUUGCGUAAAAUUGUUUUUUAUAUUCCAUGUUCUUUUUUUUUCUUUCGAACAUUUGCUUCCUCAAACCUUUUUUUAACUUAAGGUUUCUUUUUUUUUUUUGCAAAUAACGAAAAUGGUGAUAUAAAUCUGCAUAAGGUUAUCAUUAAGAAAUAAAAAAGCUAAUGUUUUAAGUAAAUCACAAAAACUAUAUGCGCAUUCUCACUUCUGUGAAAAAAUCCUCGAUUUGCCAAGAGUAAAUUUAUUAACUGCGUAAAUUAUAUUUAUUAUACAUAGUUAUUUUUUAAAAAUUCUAAAGAAUUUUCUAAGCUAAGAAAGCAUGUAAAUUCAGACCAAUCAUUGACAACUGUUUUCAAACAUGAUUUAUGGCUAGUAACUUUUAAUAUUUAUAUGGCGCCAAAACUAAAGGAUGUACUGUGUUCCGUGUAUUUAUUGCAUUUAUGUUUACAUUGACGAAUUUGAGCUGAGUUUCUUCAUGUUAUUCAAUGAACCAUAUAUGAUAUUUAUGUAUUAAAUUAAAAUAAUUUAUGUAAAUACAUUCCAUUGUAGAUUUUUCUCAUUAAUAAAACAUGUUGCGUAAACCCUG